AUGUCUCACACUGGAACUCAGGGUAGUAUUGGAAGCCAUUCUGCUUCAAGUCUUCGCACUAACAGGAUAAUCAUAUAUGAGUAUGAAAACUUCCAAGGUCGCAGGAUGGAUAUCAAUACAGAGUGCAGAAACAUCUGUGAUCGGGGGUUCGAUAAAGUGGGGUCCAUCCGUGUUGAGUGUGGACCGUGGGUGGGUUAUGAACAGCAGAACUUCUGUGGUGAGAUGUUCAUGCUGGAGAAGGGAGAAUAUCCUCGUUGGGACUCCUGGUCCAACAGCUAUCGCACUGACUGUAUGAUGUCUUUCAGACCUGUAAGAAUGGAUGGGCAGGACCAUAAAAUUUGCCUUCAUGAGUGUGCUAACUUUGAUGGAAGAAAAAUGGAGAUCUGUGAUGAGGAUAUUCCCAGUCUCUGGGUUUACGGUUUCCAGGACAGAGUUGCCAGUAUUAAAGUAAUUGGUGGAACGUGGGUCGGCUAUGAAUAUCCAGGCUACAGGGGAUAUCAAUACGUGCUAGAAUGUGGAUCAUACAAACACUGGAAUGAAUGGGGUGCUCAACAGCCUUUGAUUCAGUCCAUGCGCCGUGUGAAGGAUCAACAAUGGUACAAAAGGGGUUGCUUUGAGUUUAUAAACUGA